AUGGAGCAGGAAGGAAGGAAGGAGGAGGCGGAGUGGGCGGGGAAGGAGCGAAAGCAAGAGCCAGCCAAAAGGACCGAAAGGGGUGAGAGGGGCCGGUGGCGUGGCGUGGCGUGGCGUGGCGAGGCGAUCGUGGGCGGCGGCAACGCGGGCCCGGGGGCGUGGCCGUGGCAGGCGGCGCUCUACAAGGAGGGCGAGUUCCAGUGCGGGGCCACCCUCAUCUCCAGCCGAUGGCUCGUGUCCGCGGGUCACUGCUUCUACCACUCGCAGGACGACUACUGGGUGGCGCGGCUGGGCGCGCUACGGCGCGGCACGGCGCUGCCGUCGCCCUACGAGCAGCAGCGGCCCAUCGCGCGCGUGCUGCUGCACCCGGGCUACGUGGACGCGGGCUUCGUCAACGACAUCUCCCUGCUGCGCAUGCGCGAGCCCGUCGCCUUCAGCGACUACGUGCGCCCCAUCUGCCUGCCGCCCGCGGGCACCGAACUGCGCGACGGCCGCUUGUGCACCGUUGUCGGCUGGGGGCAGCUCUUCGAGGUCGGACGCAUUUUCCCCGACACGCUCCAGGAAGUGGCGCUGCCCGUCAUCUCGACGGCGGAGUGCCGCAAGCGGACGCUGUUCCUGCCGCUAUACCGCGUCACCGACAACAUGUUCUGCGCGGGCUACGACCGGGGCGGCCGCGACGCCUGCCUCGGCGACUCGGGCGGCCCGCUCAUGUGCCAG